UCAGGCUGGAAAGGAGGGGGCCUCCCAGUGGACCACUGGGAGUUGUUCCACAGAAUCUGAACUACAGGUGCAGAAAAGAUGUGCUUGCAAAUGUCCUCGUCCUUUACUGUGCUCUUGGGCCAGGACGAGCACCUGGAGCAGGAGCCAUGCUGCUGUGCUCUUUGGCCUUUGUCCUCAUCUUGGUGAUGGCUUCUGGCCUCGAGUGCGAGGUGAAGGAGGUCUGUAGCGGGAGCCCGGGCAUCCCCGGCACUCCUGGAUCCCACGGCCUGCCAGGAAGGGACGGGAGAGACGGUAUCAAAGGAGACCCCGGACCUCCAGGCCCCACGGGCCCCCCUGGAGGAACACCAGGCCUCCCCGGGCGUGAUGGGAUGAUUGGAGCCCCUGGCCCUGCUGGAGAGCGUGGAGAGAAGGGAGCGCCUGGUGAGAGGGGCCCCCCAGGGUUUCCAGCUUAUCUAGAUGAGGAAUUCCAAAGCACUCUCCAUGACUUCAGACAUCAAAUCCUGCAGGCAAUGGGCGUCCUCAGUUUGCAGGGGUCCAUGCUGGCAGUGGGAGAGAAAGUCUUUUCCACCAAUGGGCAGUCGGUCAACUUUGAUGACAUUAGAGAGCUGUGUGCCAGAGUAGGUGGGCACAUUGCUGUCCCGAGGAGUCCAGAGGAGAAUGAGGCCAUCGCAAGCAUCGUGAAGAAGCACAACACUUAUGCUUACCUGGGCCUGGCUGAGGGCCCCACCCCAGGAGACUUCCACUACCUGGACGGAGCCCCUGUGAAUUACACUAAAUGGUACCCAGGGGAGCCCAGGGGGCGGGGCAAAGAGAAGUGUGUGGAGAUGUACACAGAUGGACAGUGGAAUGACAAGAACUGCCAGCAGUACCGACUGGCCAUCUGCGAGUUUUGAGCAGGCGACAAGGCCACAGGGUAGAGGGUCCUGCCUGGCCUGUCAGCCUUCCUCCUGAGGAUCCAUCUGAUCUUUGAGUUGCUGUAACUCCUUUGUGGCUCUCCGAGUUGGAGGCAUUCUUGGCCACUCCACUUCCCUGUGGGCUCUGGGUCCUCCCCUACGAUCAUUAAUCAGCCCAACGCUCUGACUCUCCCCCAAGCCCCUUCUUGGCACUGCGCUCGAGUCAGCUGCUCUAACUCAGCCCUUUGGCAAGAGGUGGAGGCUUCUUUGUCUUUUUGUCUAAUUCCUUCAUUUCUAGAUGGCAGCAGUGAGGUCCUGGAAUGGAAGUGUCUUCCUAAAUCACACAGAGGGUUCCUGCUUGCAGGCCCCCUCUACUCUUUCUCUGCAGCCCACUGCCUGCCCAGCCUGAUCAAGAGUUCAAAGUUCUGAUCAAGCAUGUUGAGAGACGGGUGGACUUCUGGGAAAUUCCACAUGUGUGGCGCUAAGGAUACAUUUGGAAUUAUCUGGCAGCAUGGGGGCACAUCUGGUCAGGCUCUCCAUGAGGUCUGAGGGUCAGAUGGUGCCCCAGCCUGGUGGAGGCCAGCCCACCCCUAGUGAUUGGCAUGUAUUUUCCACUUCCUUGAGUGUUGCGGUGCCAGCUCAACUCCCCAAACAUAAAGCAGCCAGCCUACACAUCUAGGGAAGAUCGCAUCCCCCACCUCAGAUGUUACCCAUGAGCGUCUCCCCGCCACUUCAGACCCCAGUGAGGUGUUCACACCACUCACCACUCCACUAUUUAUUGAACAUACUAUAUAACCAAACACCUUGAUAAGCAAUUCUAAUGUAUCUUAUAAAAUAUUACUUAAUCUUCACACAGUACCGUGGGAUGAGCAUUAUUUCCUCCAAUUUUUAUAUGAGGACACUGAACUCAGAGAAUUUAAAUGUUCUGAGUUUUAUGACAUGGAGCAAGGAGCAGAGGCUGGUUUCAAACCCAUCUACCUGGACCUGAAGCUUGUGCUCAUAACCACCCCACCCUCUCACUGCACAGAGAUGAUUUAAGUGUAAUAAAUGAGUGUGUUAACAUGA